UACGCUCUGGGGAAGGUCAUCGCCACCACAAAGUCAUCUACCGGUCUUCCGCAGUCUGGAGAUGAAUAUGACUUCUAUCGCAGCUAUCCUGGUUUCCGCUCCUUCUGCGAAACGCAGGGCGACCGCCUGCUUCACUGCAUGAGUCGAAUUAUGCAGUAUCAUGGCUGCCGCAGUUACACCGGGGAGCGAAAUAAGCACGGUGCUCUGGAAGACAAGAUGGACUUGCUGGUGGAUGCGAAUGACGCCAUUCUGGAGAGAGUGAGCAUGAUGCUUGAUGAAGCUUCAGGGGUGAACCGUAGCCAGGAGCCCAUUCUGCCUGCAGGUCUUCAGGCACCAAAGACCAUCAUCUCCAGCUGGAAUCGCGAGAGCUUUGACUCAAGCAAGAAAUACAAGACACAGACAUUUCGUCUGCUACUAGCCAAGAACAUUUUGCGACCACAGAUGAAGUUCAAAGAAAAGAUAGACAACACGAACACUCCCUUUGUUCCAAAAAUAUUUAUAAAGCCAAAUGCGCAGAAACCACUUCCAGAGAGUCUCGGGACUAGGCGAGUGAAACGCCCUGAAGACCUGGACGUCCCGACAGCCCUAGCAGAUUUUAUCCACCAACAGCGAUUACAGCAGCCUGAAAAUGACACGCUGGCUCACCCUUAUCAGUAUGAAUUGGAUCACUUUAAUCCUUUGGACAAAUCUAUGGAAAGGCCGGACAUACAGCCAUUCGUACCUUUGAACGACGCCCCCUAUCAUUUUAUCACCACGCUGGACGAUCUUGUAGCACUAAAUGAGAAGUUGUUAAAAUGCUCAGAGUUUGCUGUGGAUCUGGAGCACCAUUCGUACCGCAGCUUCCUGGGCCUCACCUGCCUCCUACAGAUCUCCACCCGAACUGAGGAUUUUAUUAUUGAUCCCCUUGAGCUCCGCAGUGACCUUUACAUCUUGAAUGAGAGUUUUACGGAUCCUUCCAUUGUCAAGGUCCUGCACGGUGCAGAUUCUGAUAUUGAGUGGCUACAAAAAGAUUUUGGCUUGUAUAUUGUCAACUUGUUCGACACCCACCAAGGAUCUCGCUUGCUGAACCUUGCGAGGAAUUCUCUAGAUCACCUCCUCAAACACUACUGCAGCAUUGAGUCUGAUAAGAAGUACCAACUGGCUGACUGGAGGAUCCGCCCAUUACCACAGGAGAUGAUCGAGUAUGCCCGAUCGGACACUCACUAUCUGCUGUACAUCUACGAUCGCAUGAGGACAGAUCUUCUGAAUGCUGCCAAUGGCACCCCGAACCUUCUACGAGUGGUCUGGCAAAAGAGCAAGGACAUAAGUCUAAAGAAAUUUACGAAACCCAUCUUCACAGAUGAAUCCUAUCUGGAGCUGUACCAGAAGCAGAAGAGGCACCUCAACACACAGCAGCUAUCGGCCUUCCGUCUCCUGUACGCCUGGAGGGACAGGAUGGCGCGCCAGGAAGACGAAAGCACAGGGUAUGUCCUGCCCAAUCACAUGAUGCUGAAAGUCUCUGAGGAGCUUCCCAGGGAGCCACAGGGCAUCAUGGCUUGCUGUAACCCAGUGCCACCUCUUGUGAGACAACAAAUAAAUGAAUUAAUGUUGCUUAUUCAGGAAGCCAGAGAGGUCCCACUACUGAAGUCAGAAGUUAGCUCGGCAAAGAAAAGUCCCAUGCCAAAGGUCGAAAAAAUGGAGAACCAGCUGUUCGGACCACAUGACACAACCUAUUCUCCAUAUCUACAUGACCCGUACACUGGGGCAGCGGUACCAUUAGCAGCCGGCAGUCUAUUUAAUGAUGAGGAGCCAGGCCCUGCAAGACCGCUCAGCCCUGUUAAAGUACUGGCAUGCGCCACUAUCUCUAUAUUCAAUGAUUCUGAUGAAACUGAGAAUGUAAGCAAUAUCUCAGUAGCGAAGAAAAAGGCCAGAAGUAUAAUGGAGUCUUUUGACAACCCGUUCCGUAUGUUCCUUCCGUCUGACAUCCGAGGUGCCCAUGCUUCUCAGGCCGCUAAGCUGGAUCCGAACACAAAAAUGUUUGAGAUCAGCAACCGCUGGAAGCUUGUCAGUAUAGCGCAACAAGAACGGGAAGCAAAGUCCAAGGAAGAGGCCAGACAGAAGAGGAUGGCAGAAAAAGCUGCCAGGAAGAAAGCCGAGCGAGAGUUUAAGAGCAAUGCUGCCAAUCAGACAUCUGUGCGAGAGCAGGUAGCGCAGGAGGAUGCAAGCAGAAAGCGUGAGAGAAUAGUCAGCGAGCCAGGAGCUGAAACCAAGAAAUCAGACAAGAAGAGGUUAAAACACGUGGAGAAGACACAGGAGGAGGGCGAAGGGGAGGAAGAGGCUGUGGCCCAGGUUCCCUUCACUCCCUUCGACUACAGCAAGUCGGAUUUCAAGGUGUUUGCAGGUAGCAGCCGCGUGGAAGGUCGGUCUGAGUUUGACCCAAAUAAACAAGCACAGUCAGGAAAACAGAAGAAUACUUCAGGCAAGAAACGAAAUAAAUCGGUGGGAAACAAAAGUAUGUCCUUUAUGGCAGAGAAAUCCAGUCGGGGCUUCAAACACAGUUGGCCAAGGAGAUGAAACUGCCGCCUAUGGGUUGAACAUGGAACUGUUGAAUUCAUUACUGCUUGGGUUUUGUUUUUGUUUUUUUAAUAAACUUUUAAUCAACUUAAGCA